AUGCAAAUUUUCGUCAAGACCUUAACUGGUAAGACCAUUACCCUCGAGGUUGAAUCCUCUGACACCAUUGACAAUGUCAAGUCCAAGAUCCAAGACAAGGAAGGUAUUCCACCAGAUCAACAAAGAUUGAUCUUUGCUGGUAAGCAAUUGGAAGACGGUAGAACUUUGUCUGACUACAACAUCCAAAAGGAAUCCACUUUGCACUUGGUCCUCAGAUUGAGAGGUGGUGGUAAGAAGAGAAAGAAGAAGGUCUACACCACCCCAAAGAAGAUCAAGCACAAGCACAAGAAGGUUAAGCUUGCUGUCUUGACCUACUACAAGGUUGACAAGGACGGUCAAAUCGAAAGAUUGAGAAGAGAAUGUCCAGAAGCUACCUGUGGGGCUGGUGUCUUCAUGGCUAACCACCCAGACAGACAAUACUGUGGUAGAUGUCACAUCACCUUCAAGUUGAACAAAUAA